AUGGCGGAGGAAAACCAACGAAUGGAAAAUCAAAUAGUCGAGUUAACAAAUGCUUGGAUUGAAAAUAAUGAUAAUGAGCAAUGGGAAGACGAUGAAGAAAAUUCUGACCCAACACACAUAUAUGAAAAUCAACAACCAGAGAAAAACCAACAAAACGAUGACGAUGACAAAUUGGACAACGCUGCUAGACCAUUCAUAGCUGACAUGAUGAAUUUUAUGCUGCCUAGAAACUUCACGUUACCACUCACAUUGACUCCCUACGAUGACGGUCCUACACUUGAUUGGUUUUCAUCUUUUCAUGUAGAUUCAAUUUCACACUUUUAUGAGCUCGCCAAACAAUUCGAGUAUCAGUUCGCUGCAUCUUCCAUCUAUUUACAUGAUUUCGACUAUCUGAACACCGUCAAAGAAGGGCAGCACAAAAGUUUAAAGGACUAUAUCACACACUUCACUAAAGUAGCAAUGAGCUUUCCAAACCUCCAUCCUAAGGUGCAUCUGCAUGCUAUAAAGAGCGGACUUUGCCCGGAAAAGUUCCAAGAAGCCAUUACAGUGGCCAAACUUAAAACCUUGGCCGAGUUUAGGGAGAAGGCUAAGGGUCUAAUAGAAAUUGAAGAACUGUGCCAAACUCAGAAAUCUGAAAAGAAUUUAAACAAUAAAGAUGAAGAAAAAGUUCAGGACAACAAGAAACCUUUUUGGUUGGCGCCGCGCUACGAUUCCUAUACUCAAUUGAACACCAAGAGGGAGGAAAUCAUCAAGGAAAUACUAAAUACCAAGCUAAUCAACCCUCCUCGAAAGGCCGGAACCUACCAAGAUACAAAGGAUGUGGACAAGACAAAGUACUAUACUUUUAACCAGAAGCAUGAGCACACUACUGAUGAGUGUAUCGUAGCCAAAGACUUGUUCGAGUGCUUAGCUUGCCAAGGACAUCUGGACAAAUACAUAUUGGUCAUUUUAUAA